GAAGAAGAAUUUAUUUCAACGUUCAUUGUAUCGUUAAUAUGUAAAAUAGAUACAGAGCAGAAAGUGAAGGAAGAAAUCGAUAUUUAAAAGGAUUUUGUUUGUAAAAUGGAUGUUAAACAAGAAUUUAAUGAUGAUGAAUAUAAGAUCGCAGUUUUAGAUGGGGAUACUAAUAUUGAUAGUAUUGAACGAGAAAUGAAUAAUGAACUAAACAUUGCUCAAUUAUUCGGAAAAUCUAUGGUUGCAGAAAAAACUAGAAUGAACAGCUGUCAUAAUGAAAUUAAUAUAAUCAAUAUACCAAACAAAUUUAGAUAUUUGAAAGGGAAGACAGGAAGGCAAACUAAAUCAAAAGGUCUCCUUAAAAAUGGACAACACCUAAAUCCACAUAUUAUUGAUGGGAUUAUGAGUUGCAGGUUUUGUGGUAAUUUUUUCACGAAACUAAAAGAAUUUGUUUGUCACUUUUUUAUAAAGCAUUAUAUAAUUAAGAAGAAAUUACACCAGAAAAAUUGUAGAAAGAGGCAAACAAUUGCCAUUUCCAGAAUUCUUUAUAAAGAUGUUAAAAAUGAAAUUGAAAUAGUAGAACAUGAUUUGAAAAAGGAAAAAGACAUCAGCUUUAUUGAUAAUUUCGAGAUGAGCUUAGAUGAUGGUCAAAAAUUGGGGAAAAGUGAUUCAAAUGGAGAUUUAUUAACUGAAACUAAAGAAAAGCCACUCAAAUGUGAUUGUUGUUCAAAAACGUUUUCAUUGAAAAAUAAUUUGAAUACACAUUUACGUAUUCACACAGGAGAAAAACCAUUCAAAUGUGACAUUUGUUUAAAAACUUUUACAUGGAAAACUAAUCUGAAUUCGCAUUUACGUAUUCACACAGGAGAAAAGCCAUUCAAAUGUGACAUAUGUUCAAAAGCUUUUUCACUGAAAAAUAAUUUGAAACGACAUAUGCGAUGCCACACAGGGGAAAAGCCAUUCAAAUGUGACGUUUGUUUGAAAACAUUUUCAUUGAAAAAUAAUUUGGAUACACAUUUACGUAUUCACACUGGGGAAAAACCGUUCAAAUGCGACAUAUGCGCAAAAUCAUUUUCACUGAAAAAUCAUUUGAAACGACAUUCACUUAUCCACAUAGAAAAAAAUUCCUUCAAAUGUUACUUUUGCUUAAAAACUUUUGUAUUAAAAAGUCAUUUGAGUGAACAUUUGCUUUGUCACGCAGGAGAAAAGCCAUUCAAGUGUGACAUUUGCUCGAAAAAAUUUUCACAGAAAAAUCAUUUGAUAAUACAUUCGCCUAACCAUACAGGAGAAAAACCAUUUAAAUGUGACAUUUGUUUAAAAAGUUAUACACAGAAAAUUCGUUUGAAGGAACAUAUGCGUUGUCACACAGGAGAAAAACCUUUCGGAUGUGAAACCUGUUCAAAAUCUUUCACAUUAAAAUGUUAUUUGAUUGAACAUCUGCGUAGUCACACAGGAGAAAAGCCCUUCAAAUGUGUUAUUUGUUUGAAAGCUUAUACCCAGAAAAGUAGUUUAAAUGAACAUAUGUGGUGUCAUACAGAAGAAAAACCUUUCAAAUGCGACCUUUGUUUGAAAGCCUUUACACAAAAAAACCAUUUGAAUGACCAUUUGCGUUGUCACACCGGAGAAAAGCCAUUCAAAUGUGGCGUUUGUAUGAAAGCUUUUAGACAGAAAAGUCAUUUGAAACGACAUUGUCGUAGCCACACGGGAGAAAAACCAUAUAAAUGUGAAAUCUGUUUUAAAACUUUUACACGGAAAUUUCAAUUGAAUAAACAUUCGCGUUGUCACAGAGAAGCCAUUCGAACGUAACAUUCGUUUAGCAUCCAUCAAUUUGACUUGUGUACGUUGAAUAGUGAUAGCGACAAAAUAUUCAUCAAGUGGUUAACGACAAAGUAAUUUCAGUUUUGUAGUAUAAAAUAAAACACUUUUUUUGAACAAAGAAUAGUUUUUAAUCAAUUACAUAUUUGCCAUUUUGCUCAAUGACCUUUUGUCAUCUUUCUUUCACCUUCAUGAUUCCGCGCUCAUAAAAUUUCUGUUCCUUAUCAGUAAAAAACGGUAAAGAGUUUUGCAAUGCCACGCAUCACAUUAAAUUUUGAUUCCAACGUGACGUCACAUUGUGCGAUACAGAUGUCGCGUGCCUGCGCAUAGGCAUACCGGUGUAUGUGUAUCCUGCUCUAGCAUCACCGUGAUGACAAAAUUUUUCGAAAAUAUGACAGUGGGUUGCCAACUCGAUUUCUCCCUUGACAACUUUUUGCUCCACAUCCAUUUUGUCUGAAUUACAUCAAAUUAAUAAAUGUUAUUUGCACAAAUGAGCCAAAUCGAAUAUAUAAAAUGAAAAUAAAUGUAGGGAUACAUUCUUCUUCUUUUUCUUUGAUAUCAUAAUCUGAAUAUUAAUUCUAGCAAGUCAACGUUAAAAAUAUGGAUUUUUUAGGAAAAUUUGAAUUGAUGAUUAUAUACAAUUUACUCAUUCCAAAACAAAAACAAUUUUGUAAUCAUAAUUCAGCAACAAAACAGUAUAAAAGAGAUACAAGA